GUCUAAUACCUGAAGACUCUACUACCCAGCUGAGCAGGGAGGAAGAAUCUUUGCCCAGUUCAUUACCCAGCCAGAUGAGCAACCGGGUAGCCAGUGCAACGCGCCAAGGUUGUUGCUACAGGCCAGGGACGACAACGUGAAAUCUUUUUGUGUGGAUUCUCUCCUUUCGGCUUCGUUGUUCCAUCAGGCAAAAGACUUGCUUUAUUUCUACGCUGCUGUAGGCUACUAGCUAAUCUUAGAAGACUCCUCCAAUCCUUCGUCUAUUCUGUGGUGCAAAGAGACAAAGAUGAACAGCAGUUCCAGAAAUACGGGACGAGGCGACGGUAGCGUCGACUCGACCAGAAGAACUGGCAGCAUGUCAAGUUGGCAGACAGCCCAGCUACAACAGUACUCUCCUGAACAAACCUACGAUGACUUUGCCGACGGCUUGAUGCGACCUUUGUACUUGCAGCAUUGUCGUCAAAGAGACACCUUCAGUGCUCUGCUAUAUGCCUUUAUUACUCUGUUGCUUGGGAUUCCUUUGAUACUACUCACCAACACACAUAAGGAGGCCACCCAAUUGUCGCACCACAACCACAACUGUGUUAUCACGGGAGACGUUAAAGAACACAACAUGACUCUCAUAUUGCCCGCAUUUUCACCUGACAAUCAAGAGGACGUGGAAAAGCUCUUUGUGGACACCUACAACCAACUUUCAGGUGCUUGCCAAGGGCCGUUUCAGCGUGUCUUGCUGCAAGCAAAUCUGCUUACGAUGGAGGAUCCAUCAGUCCUUAAUCGCUACCGAAUGAUCACAAGCUGGAAUGGAGCCGUCAGCUGCGACGGAUGCUCGAAUGAUGAUCCCAUCUUUGCAACGGAUGAAAACAUGGAUUUUGACCUAAGGAAAAAGUUUGUCGAACAGCUACAGAUUCAGAUGCGAGCAGUGGCAAUCAAACCUGAAAGAGAGCACGCUCGAACCAAUAGACGCAUACUGUUCGGGGAAGAUGAUCGAAGAAGUUUCUUCUGGAUUCCUACUUCCGACGACGUCAGGAAAAACACACUGAGUCCCAAUGCUCCACCGAUGACAGUGCGACCCACAGUGCAGCCCCCAACUGCAAUUCCGAGGACACCAAGCGCUAAACCUUCCACAUUGCUACCUACGUUUCAACCGUCAACCAAAGCACCAAGCACCCAGCCGUCGACCCUCGAACCAUCUCAAAUUCCAACCUUUGGGCAAACUGUCAGCAUACCUCCGACAGUGUCGCUACAGCCUAGCCUGAGCCUGGCACCAAGCAUGACCUUGGCACCAACAGGAGUACCAAGUGUUGUCAAGGAAAUACAUGACAGUAGGGGAACCAAGAUGACAGCCAGCCCGACAUCGGGCUUGCCCACAACGACCCCGACGCUGUCCCCAACAAUCCUGAACAUCACAGACUCCCCUACGGUCAUGAAUACGAGCUCCCCGACCGUGAUGAAUACAAGCUCCCCCACUGUCAUGAAUACGAGCUCCCCCACUGUCAUGAAUACGAGCUCGCCAACCCUGAUGAAUACAAGCUCCCCCACUGUCAUGAAUACAAGUUCACCCACUGUCAUGAACACAAGUUCACCCACCGUCAUGAACACAAGCUCCCCCACUGUACAAACAGGAUCUCCAACCGUACAAACAGGAUCUCCAACCGUACAAACAGGAUCCCCAACCGUACAAACAGGAUCUCCAAGCAUACAAACGGGUUCGCCAACCUUAGCCACGAGUCCUCCUUCUACCAUGAGUCCAACACUAGCACCCGUUACCGAUGCUCCAACAACAAGUCCAACCACAAUGAGCCCAACCCAAAGUCCAACCACAACAAGCCCUACAUUGACUCCAACCACAACAAGCCCAACUUUGAACCCGACUCUAGCUCCAACGUUGAACCCGACUCUAGCUCCAACUUUGAACCCGACCACAACAAGUCCAACGUCAAAUCCUACCACAGAACAGCCAACCAAGGAACCAACAACGGACACCCCUACAACCAAACCAACUGCAAAACCUUCAGAAGCCCCAAGCACAUCUUCACCAACCAAGGUCCCCACGACCGAGAUGCCCACUGCGAAACCAACUGCAAAACCGACAGAUCGCCCGACCGAGAAGCCCACGGAUAAACCCACUGAUCGACCAACCGCAAGGCCUACCGACAAACCCACAAACAAACCUUCGGAUCGUCCAACUGAAAGGCCGACUGACAAGCCCACCGAUCGUCCAACCACAACAAGCCCAACAUCGGAGCCUACAACUUCAAGCCCAACAUUGGAGCCUACAACUUCAAGCCCAACAUCGGAGCCCACCACUAUGCCACCUACAAUGGAGCCUACCACUAUGGCACCAACAAUGGAGCCUUCGACAGGCAAGCCAACGCCAGUCCCCUCGGCUGAAUUCUCGACUGCAAGAAUCAAGGAGACCCCACGUCCAACAACAGCACCUCCUACGAUCGCACCAACCUUACGCCCCACCACAAGGAGCCCAACCACAAGUCCGACCACAACAAGUCCAACAUUGAACCCGACCACAACAAGUCCAACGGCACCUCCCACCACAACUAGUCCAACUUUGAACCCAACAGCACCCCCCACAACAGCAAGUCCAACAGCACCUCCCACGGCUGUUCCAACUACAAGCCCCACUGCUAUGCCGACUGCAGUUCCAACUGUGAGCCCCACAACAGUUCCAACUGCAGUUCCAACUGCAAGCCCCACAACAGUCCCCACAGUCAGCCCUACUACAUUGCCAACUGCAAGCCCCACAACCAAAACUCCAACGGUACAACCCUCGAUUGCACCCACCACGAGAAUGCCAAUAAUGAGGAAGGAUCCAUUUCAGCUUCAGAGCUUGGGACCUUCCUACAGCUUGGCCCCCUCCGUGAGCAUGUCUCCAAGUGUGAGCAUGUCUCCAAGCGUGAGCAUGGCACCGAGUGUCAGCAUGGAGCCAUCAGAGAGCAUGCAACCGAGCCAAAUACCAUCUGCCCUCGAAACAGAAACGGAAGCGCCCACUACGCCGAGCCCAACAACCUUGCUACCGACGACCCUCUUGCCAACCACCUUGACUCCAACGACUUUGACGCCUACCACUGGACUCCCCACUACUCUCUUGCCCACAACGUUCCCACCAACAACACUAGUUCCUACUGUCGCACCUUCGCUGAAACCAAUCGAUCCACCAACACGUCGUCAAUUCUUCUGGGUUCCACCUUCGGCACAACCACCAGGUACCAUUACUAGUAGGACGUUUGGAUGGGCUCCUCCUCAGGUAGGAAGGAGCCCAGGUGAACUGGAUCUACUGCAUCACUGCCUUCAAUCUGAAAUCUUGGUGGACGAUGACUUUGAAACAGAAGGCGCAGAAGAGCAGUGGAUGCAUGGGAGCACAAGCUACAGUCGGAAUUUUACCUUCUUCUUGGGUCGAUUGGAUGGAACCUACAACCCCAAAGUGUCCAGGACUUUCAAUAUUCUGCCAUCGUCAUUGGACGGAAGCUUGGCGUCCAACGCAACUAUUGAAUUCGUCUUGUACACUAUUGAUGACUGGGGACCUGAUGAUGCAGUUUCGCUUAUGGUUGGGUCCACAACUAUUGACUUGGGUCAGCUACAGCCAGCAGUUCCAACGUCCGUUAAUGAUACCAAAGAAGGGAUAUCAUGGUGGCGAAACGUCCUGAUGCAGGGUUCUAAUCUCGGAUUUGGUGCUGCAGAAGACAUGAAACAUUUAGUCGAGCUUACAAUCCCGUCGGACCACUUCCCCAAUGGAACACUGUUCUUUGAAGUGAGGCUGGAGACGAAUCGAGGUGGGGUAGAUACGCUGAGUGCUGGAAUGGACGACUUUAUUCUAGAAGCUUACUACAACUGCAGCGGACUGUCGCAGAGAAGACUUGGGGGAGGGGGGGCACGAAACAAGAAGGAACGAGAGAAACAACCCAGCGACGGUCCCUACUGCCAGAGCAAUGACUUCCCUUGUGACGGUGGCGACGACAUGGUUUACAUAUGUCACUACUCAGGCCGCCUCCGAGGACACAAAACUAUUUGCAUCCCAGAGCGAGACUCGGAAAUACUGCGGUACUACACACAAGAUUACUGCGGCCCAUGCUUGGGCAGCCUAUCAAGCGCUUCUUGGAUGUCUUGA